UGGCUACAAACGGGAAGGAAGCCUGCUGGAGUAAAGGACGACGUGUCGCCGGUUUCUUCAAACGGCUCAGCUGUGAACGGAAAAGCCGCAGAGGCACCGCCGCGGCUCCAAGCUCCAGAACGGAGGAGCGGUCCGGCCGGGAGGUUCACCUUCAGCCCGGAGCCCACCAUUGAGGAUAUUCGGCGAAUGCAAGCGGAGUUUACGGACGAGCGGGACUGGAACCAGUUCCACCAGCCCCGAAAUCUGCUCCUGGCCAUGGUCGGGGAGGUGGGCGAGGUGGCGGAGCUCUUCCAGUGGCGGGGGGAGGUCGCCGAGGGCCUGCCCGAUUGGACCGAGUCGGAGCGGGAGCAGCUGGCGCACGAACUCAGCGACGUGAUGAUCUACCUGGUGGAGCUCGCCGAGAAGUGUCACGUUGACCUUCCCCAAGCGGUGCUUCGCAAAAUGGCCCUAAACCGACUUAAAUACCCCGCCAGCAAGGUGCACGGAUCGGCCAAAAAGUACACAGAAUACAAGGACUGAGUUUGGGAGUUACAGACAAAUGGUAGUCUAGGCCACUGCUGGAGCUGCUCAUCACUUCACUGACAGCAUGGCCUACUACUGAACAUUUUAUGGCUCGGUUCAGAUGGCUUUUUUUCUGGGUUGACUUGUUAUACAACUGUACGAAUGCUCUUAACUUUUGUGGAUUUUCUGUGAUGCACAGUUGUUAUCGUAGUUGCCUGCAUAUGCAAAGCCACAUUUAGCAGGCAAGGCACUUUAGAGAUGUGCUGGUUUUUAUUGAGCUUAACUUUUAAAUUCAGAUUUUAGUCUGAUCAUUGAUGUGCCUGAGCGCUGCUUAUUUUUUUUAGAGAAAAUAUAAGAGUGUGACAGAGUGGAUUAGAAAGUUGGUGGUGCUAAAGCAGAUGAUUAUUUUCCAGACCAUUCCUGACAAGGGGGGAAAAGAGGUAAAAAAAAAUAAGACAAGAGUAAUUGUUAGUCGUUUUUUUUGUAUGUUACUGUUAUUAUUUUAAUUUCCCAUCAGGGUUGUAUCUUCACAUCUUCUAUCUUAUUCACAUCAGAACUGUCACAGUUUUUCUUGUAAAAGUAAAAGUUACUGCAAUUCUG